GUUGCGAGCAUUUAUGCCAAAUUUGACUGUUGUGAUUUGUAGCUUGUCACAGUUAUAGCGUGGUAACGUGUUGCAAGCCGUUGUUGUUUGGUACCGGGUGCAUGUUAAUUUCAGUUACAUUGAUUGUGACAUAAACAUGGCUGAUAAGAAAAAAGAUGCUGAACCGGAGGGUGAGGAAGAAUUUUCCGUAGAAAAAGUUUUAGAUCGACGCGUUAGGAAUGGAAAGGUCGAGUAUUUUUUGAAGUGGAAAGGCUACAGUGACGAAGACAACACCUGGGAGCCUGAAGAAAAUCUUGACUGUCCUGAUCUCAUACAAGCCUUCGAAGAGGCGCGAAAGAAGAAGGAAGCGGGAGGCAAAGGACCCAGAUCCGAUAAGGAUAAGAAAAGAAAAUCUGCAGCAGCCACACCCGACUUAAAAGGUGCCAAGAAAGGGAAAACCGACGACAAAAAGACAUCCGGCUUUGAACGUGGACUGGAACCAGAGAAGAUUAUUGGAGCGACGGACAGCAGUGGAGAGUUAAUGUUCCUUAUGAAAUGGCAAGGUACGGAUGAAGCUGAUUUAGUGCCGGCUAAGCAAGCUAAUGUCAAGUGUCCACAGGUUGUGAUACAGUUCUACGAGGAACGACUAACAUGGCACACACCAUCUGCUGACGAGGGAAAUAAUGAUGAUUAGGUUAAUAUAGUAAGAAUUUCAUUGUUCUGUUGUUUCAUUACCUAUUAAUGGUAUAAAAUUGAUUUUGAUAAAGAAAAUAUAGUCGUGUUAUAGUAUAUUUAUCAUUCCAUAGAGACAUUUCUAAAUUAAAUGUUACUGUCCAUUUGUUAUUGGAAGCAGUCCUCAAUUGUUUUCAAUAUUAUAAAAUGUUUAUUGCAGCAUAAUAAGAGAUGUUAUUAUAAAUCAGUGAUAAUGUAUAGGUGUAAAAUAUGUGUCAAGUCUUUCCUUCUUUCUGGAGUUUUCUUGAAAAUAAAAGCAGUUAUUGUAUUUUCAGCACAUACAUAAACAAUCCUGCUGUAAUUUAGUUUACUCUUCAUAUGCAAAAGAAGAUUUGUGUUAGAUAUUUUCUUUAAUUACAAUGUUAGUACAAAAAAGAAAAAAUUGAUUAUACAAAAUUCUAUCAAAUUGAAAUUCACAUUAUGUAAUUAUCUCUUUACUUACUAAUGUAUGUGAAGCUACAUAGUACUAGAAAGAAUACUAUAAUAUUUUUCUCAUAAGUAUACAAUUCAUUAAUAGGUUUAGGAUAUGUCUAAUUUAAGUGUACAAGGCAAUAAAGCGAAUGUUGCCAUA